GUGAAGCUCAUCCAUGUUCAUUCAUUGGUUGACUUGAAGUCGCAAAGUGUUCGUGUCCAGUGUUUCUCGAAAUUGUAUAAAAUUUAUCGCUUCAUUUUAGUGCUCAAUAUUUUUCGAAAAGAAAAGUUUUCAACGAAAUUAUAAAAUGAAAUACUUGAUUGUGUUAACUGUUUUAUCCUCAUUUUCCCUGAGCUUUGCCUCUGAAACAAAGGAUCUUGUUGUUGCUGAAGCUGCUUAUUCAUCAUCUCACUAUGGAUACCCUUCAUCAAGUAGUCACGAUGAUUAUGGUAAACACGCUUCCUCAUGGGGCGACAAUGGUCAUGGUGCUUAUGGAAGUCAUGAUGCUUAUGGUGAUAAUGGUUGGGGAUCCAAUGGAUUGAAAAAGUAUGGAGGUUGGGGUUCAAAUGCAGGUUACGGAGGUCAACAUGGUAGCCAUGGACAUAACCAAGGUUAUGGACUUUAUUCAAGAAACCGAGGUUAUGGUUACGAAAAGCAAUGGGCUUACGAUAAAGAAUACGCCAAAAAGGCUCAUAAUGGAGGUUAUGGUGACCAUGGUUCGAACUGGGGUCAUCACAAUAAUCAUGGACACCAUGGUCUUGACUCACAUGCCAACUAUGGACACAACAAGUAUGGAAACCACGACAAAUAUGGUAACUCAGGGCACGGACGAUAUGGUCACAUUUUGGGCGCUUAUGGAUCGUCAGGCCAUCAAUACGCUGCUCCAUCUUAUGGACACUCAUCCGGUGGCUACGGUGACCACGAACCCUAUGCUAGUGCUCCCGUUGGUGUUACUUACUAUUAGAUUAAUUAUCAACUCUUAUCAUUAUAAUUAUCAUCAAAUUCACAUGAAAAUUGGUUAAUGGAAAACAUCAACACUUAUAAACUCAUUUCAAGUUAAUUCACAAUUAACUUUUGUAAUUAAGAUCAUUUAUAUAAACCUCAAUCUGUUCUCAUAUUAUUCUCAUCAAACAAUCAACUUUAAUAUCAAUUGGUCAACAAUAUCACCAGAAUCAAAAGAUAAAAUCAAUGUAAUGAUCAUUGAUCAAAGUUUUUUUUCACUAGGAAUAAUUAACUAAUUGGUAACAAUUUAAGCUUAAAAAUACAAUGUAUUUACCAUAUUUUACUUUCCUAAAAAUGUUUGUAUUUAAAACUAAUUGUUGGUUAAUUAACUGUUUUCUUUAGCUAAAUUAACUUUGAUCAUUUUUUAUUAUUUCCUGUCACCAAUACUCAUUAAUCAUCUGAAAUCUUGACUAAUUCAACAACAAUCAACCGUUUCUCAAUCAUCACAGACUCACAAUUGUAAUAUUUAAAUAAAGAUUAUUUUCAAUU